AUGGCAAAGAAUCCCAAGCCUCCUCAGGAUGACGCAGACCUCAGGUCUGACGGAACAUCCUCGAUUACGAAGAAGCCCAAAAGGAAAAACGACAAAGCGACGCAUAGAAAGUGUCUCCGGGUGAUGAGCAAUAUUGAGGAGGAGUUUCAAGAGGUGCUUGGGGAAAGAGAUGGAGAGAACCACGGCCUUUCCCAGUUGCUGGACCAGAUCAAAGCCGAGAAAGCGCAAAAGUCUUCGGAAUUGCAAAUCGCUGUCACGGCAAGGGUUACCGCAUUAGCCGAGCAUCAGAAGCUCCAGCGUGGGAUUUGCCAAUUGCAGCAGCAGCUGGAGUCCACGAACACCGCGCUGCAAGAUCAGGUCCCGUGGAAUGAUAUACAGCUGGUGUUGGAUCAGGCACACGCAGAGCUGGUAUCCGCGACCACUCGAUUCUGGAGCGCAAUCGACGCACUCCAGAACAGACGACUGGCAUCCUAUUUGCCAGGCUCCGGAAUGAUCCAGGAAGAAUGGCCCGAUCAGGGCGGCGCGGGUACGCUUGGCCACGAUAUGCUCCCCAGCAUCUCCCAAUCGAACAAUGACAAUGUCCCGCUUGGUACUCAACAUGAACUACCUACGACCAACUGA